CCGAGCCCCGCUCAGCCGCCGCCUCCCUCGCUCUGAUCCGGGAGGAGCUCGGGGAGAGCCCACGGAAACUUUCCCGCAUUUUUCCCCGCAUUGUGUCCGAAUCCGGAGUCCCGGAGGCGGCUCGUCCUCCCGCCUCUCCCCGUGCACCCCCUCCCUCCUUCCCCGGUGUCCUGUCAGUCCCUCCCUGGGAGUGUUGUUGUGAAGCGGGGAUCUAACAUGGCGACGGUGCCUGUGUACUGCAUCUGCCGCCUGCCCUACGACGUGACCCGGUUUAUGAUCGAGUGCGACGCCUGCAAGGACUGGUUUCACGGCAGCUGCGUUGAUGUGGAGGAAGAUGAAGCUCCCGAUAUUGAUAUCUACCACUGUCCAAAUUGUGAAAAGACCCACGGGAAGUCUACAUUGAAAAAGAAAAGAAAUUGGCACAAACAUGACACGGGACAGGCUACAGACGUCAAACCGGUUCAAAAUGGCAGUCAGGUCUUCAUCAAAGAGCUCCGGAGUCGAACCUUCCCAAGCGCUGAGGACGUGGUCACCAAACUGAACGGCGGUCAAUUAACAGUGGAAUAUUUUGAAGACACUGGGUUUACAGAACCAAUUCUGGUGCCAAAGAAGGACGGUCUGGGUCUGUCUGUACCCGCUCCCACAUUCUAUGUCAGUGAUGUUGAAAACUAUGUUGGUCCUGAGAGGCUGGUCGAUGUUACAGACGUCACCAAACAGAAGGACUGCAAGAUGAAGCUCAAGGAAUUUGUGGAUUAUUACUACAGCACUAAUAGGAAAAGGGUUCUUAAUGUCACCAACUUGGAAUUUUCUGACACAAGAAUGUCCAGCUUUGUGGAGUCUCCAGAUAUUGUUAAGAAGCUCUCAUGGGUUGACAACCAUUGGCCUGAUGAUGCUCUUCUAGCAAAACCAAAAGUGAACAAGUAUUGUUUGAUAUGUGUGAAAGACAGUUACACCGACUUCCACAUAGACUCGGGAGGUGCCUCAGCCUGGUACCAUGUGCUUAAGGGGGAAAAAAUAUUUUAUCUGAUCAGACCGGGUUCAGCCAAUAUCUCCCUGUAUGAACGCUGGAGAUCAGCUGCCAAUCACUACGAGAUGUUCUUUGCAGAUCAAGUAGACAAAUGUUACAAGUGCACAGUGAAGCAGGGGCAGACUCUGUUCAUUCCAUCAGGGUGGAUCUACGCAACAUUGACCCCCGUGGACUGUUUAGCAUUUUCCGGUCACUUCCUUCACAGCCUGAGCGUGGAAAUGCAAAUGAGAGCCUAUGAGGUAGAAAAGAGACUGAAGAUUGUCAGCUUAACCCAGUUCCCAAGUUAUGAGACUGCUUGUUGGUAUGUGGGAAGACAUCUACUUGAGAAGUUCAAAGCAUUACAUAAGUCGGGAAAGCAGCCUGCGCCUCACCUUGUCCAAGGAGCCAAAAUUCUGAAUGGAGCCUUUAGAUCAUGGACGAAAAAACAUGCUCUGUUAGAACAUGAAGAUGAACUUCCAGAACAUUUCAAACCCUCACAACUCAUCAAGGACCUUGCCAAAGAAAUACGGUUAACAGAGAAUGCAUCAAAAGUCAACAAAACAGACAUCAGUGCCAACACAAUUCCAGAAGGGAACAAUAUUUCAGAGAAAAUCGAGAAAGAAGAACCUCCCUCACCCGUGCCAGACUCCCCCCCACCUGUGGAAAAAGUGAUGAAAAAAAAGUCUCCUAAGAGCGAAAAGUUACCCAAGCCUCCAAAACUGCCUAAACCCCCCAAAGAGACAAAACCUCCAAAAGGUGCCAAACUGCCCAAACCUCCUAAAACGCCCAAACCUCCAAAACCACCUAAAAGUAAAGAGGGAGGCAAAAAGAAGGCAAAGAAGGUCAAAGAUUCACCGUCUUCAGGAACGGAGUCCCCUGACCUCGAUGUUCUUGAGGCUCACACUAAGGAUGCUCUCAUUAAAAUCGACACACCAAAGAAGGCGACAACACCUAAAGAAGAAAUAAGCGUCCCCAUCAAAGAGGAACCAGCAGUGAAACAGAACAACGAGAUUGAAAAGUUUGAAAUCCGAGAGCAGAAUAAAAUAAAGACAGAGGCAAAGUGGAAAUACAAGAACAGCAAGCCAGAUUCCUUACUGAAGAUGGAAGAGGAGCAUAAAAUACAGAAAAGCCCGUUUUCCUCGAUUAAGGACAGCAAAUUUAAAUUCUCCUUUUCUGGCAAGAAGCUAUUCAGUCACAAGGGAAUCAAGCCCCAGAACAGCCCCAGCAUCUUUGGAUCCUUGCAGAAUUUUAAAGAAGACAAAAACAAGCCGAUCAGGGACGAGUAUGAAUACGUCUCUGAUGACGGAGAGCUAAAAAUUGACGAGUUUCCAAUCAGGAGGAAGAAAAUGACAACCAAGAGGGACUUGUCAUUUUUAUCAGAUGUAAAGGAAACGCCUCCUCUUGUGCCGCCCAAGAAGCCCAAAAUCCUGGAAAAGAAGUAUAAGAGCGAUGACUCCUCAGACGAGGGAUCCCUUCACAUCGACACAGACACAAAACCAGCCCGAAACUCCAAAGUGAAGAAGGACAGCACAAGUUCUGGGGGCAUUCUGGACCUUCUGCAAGCAAGUAAAGAAGUUGGUGGCUUAGAUUAUAAUUCCAAUAGUCAGCCACCCGCAUCCCCAAGCACACAAGAAGCAAUACAGGGCAUGUUAUCGAUGGCCAACCUGCCGUCCGACUCUUGUCUACAGACGUCGUGGAAUGCUAACCAGUCGAAAAAUAAUUCCCUAUCAGCCCAAAACGCUAAGAAAUCAGGCAACAACAAGUGUACGAGCAAGCGAGUCGGCAAGAAAGCCCCGAAGAACAACAUCACAAUGGACGACUAUGAGGAGGAGCAGGACAACUUGGGAGCGUGCUUUAAAGACUCGGACUUUGUUUACCCAUCUCUCGAGUCAGACGAAGAUAAUCCUGUGUUCAAAUCUCGAUCGCGGAAGAGAAAAUGUUCUGAUGAUGCUCCAUAUAGCCCCACAGCAAGAGUCGGCCCCUCCAUACCGCGGCAAGACAGACCUAUCCGUGAAGGUACCAGAGUUGCCUCUAUUGAAACGGGACUUGCAGCUGCUGCAGCCAAGUUAUCCCAGCAGGAGGAAAAAAAAGUAAAGAAGAAAAAGAAUACAAAAAAGAAGCUUUCACCUAACAACACAAAUAAUCUUUGUCAGGAAAGCAGUUCUCCCGAAGCCACAAAGCUGGAAUCUCUGGACACUAGUCUAACAGACCACGAGUACACGGCCGGCGUCAGCACGUUUGGUGUAGCCCAAGUAAACAGAGGGUCUCAGCCUAUGGCCCCCGGGGUGUUCCUCACACAAAGAAGACCGUCUGUGUCUUCCCAAAAUAACUCAGCUGCCAAAGCUGCUCUGCCAGGGGCAUUAGGACACUUUCGAAGCAGUACACACAUAUCUGAGACCAAUAGCCAACAUCCGGGAGGAUCAAUGGGUAAACGUACAAAAAAAGGCAUGGCAACAGCUAAACAGAGGCUUGGGAAGAUCCUGAAAAUCCACCGGAACGGAAAGCUUCUCCUUUAGUGUUUGUACAGAGUUAGACUUUUGCUUUCUCCUUGCGGCUCAUAGACUCGUGAGCUGACACUAAACCUUGAACUCUCGAAGGACUGCAGUGGCGCUCUGCAAAAUGUGCUAGGAGGAACCCACCCCGCUCUACCUUCUACCUUCCUGCCACCACUUUAGUAAUUCUUUUUAACUUCCAGCAGUUGACGUGUACAGAUUACUGCUAAUAUUUUUUAAUAAUAAUAAUUCUAUUGUCCUUUCUCAAAUUGCUGAGAGUGACUAGUUUGCAGGAAAGAAGAAAAUGAAAAAAAAAAAAUUAUAAUAUAUAGGAUCAUUCCAGUCUUUAGGAGAGAACCCACUUGGUCAGUGAGAGGAACACAAAGGCAUUGCUUGGUUUAAUUUAUCUUGCAGCCAUGUGACAGACGUACAGCACACAUGAUGGCGGCUGCAACCCUUUGAUCAUAGACACCAAUCAUCUUGGGCUUAGCGUCACAUGCUUCGUAUCGUCAAUGUCAUAAGGAUUCUGACGAGCUGCUUCAUUAGUGUCCAGAUCUUUAGUUAGUGCGAGUCAGUGAGUGUAUUUUUGUUCACUAAGGCCCCAACUAUCACAGCAUUACCCCUACAUCUACCAUGAAACAAAAAAAUAAAAUUCUCUCUGACACAUAGAUGUCAAGAUGAAGAUGCACAAACAUACACUCACUUGGGUCCACACACCUCCAUCAGAUCCUAGUUGUAUGGAUUUUUGCCUACACACACAUCCAUACAUCACUGUAUAAUAACGGGCUGUAUGCUUUGCAAUCUAUGUAUACAGCAGGUACAUACAUGUGAAGUAUGGAUGUGACCAUCAAAAAAAGCUCCCACGUGCAUACAUGCUUAUACGUGGCUGCCAACAUCUCAGAUUUCAGUUGAGUCUUUCUUAGUCUGGAAGUUCUCCUGUUAUAAGGAUUGUUCCCUCAGAAAGAGCAGCACUUUGGCCACGUCUGGUAUUGUAGCCUGUGGACUAGAACGGUGCUGUUUCUGGAAGAAGAAAAAAAGAAGCAGACCUUUUUUUCUCAACUCAUUUAAGUUAUGGUGCAGAAUCCACAUUUUAAAUUAUUAAUCAUGGAGCACCCCAUUAUCAUUGGGUCUAGUUUGCUAUUGAAGAAGAAAUCUAAUAAUGCAAGAAACUAUUUUUAUUGAGCAGAUUACAUCAUGAAGUAUUCAAUUGUCAAGGGUUGGUGCUGGGCAUCAGCAGUUAACGGGCAUCUGUCAGCAGUUUUGUACCUAUGACACUGGCUGACCUGUUGCAUGUGCGCUUGGCAGCUGAAGGCAUCUGUGUUUGUCCCAAUGUGCAUUACUGAGAAAAAGGAUGUUUUAAUAUAUGCAAAUGAGCCUCUAGGAGCAACGGGGGCGUUGCCGUUACACCUAAAGCCUCUGCUCUCUCUCCAACUGCGGCACCCUCUCCACUUUGAUUGACAGGGCCAGGUAGUAUAAAUGUAAAUCGCCUGGCCCUGGCUAAUCCUAAAGUCCUAGAGGCUCAUUUGCAUAUAUUUAAACCUCAUUUUUGUAACGAAUACGGGCACAUAUGACCAUGGGACCAACACAGAUGCCUUCAGCUGCCAAGUGCCCAUGCAACAGGUCAGCCAGUGUCAUAGGUACAAAUCUUCUAAAAGAUGCCCUUUAAGUAGGUUUAUGGUCAGGGUCUAAAACUAGAACACAUGAAAGUCUAAUCCAAUGGCUUGUUUCUUUAAGCAGGGAAUUUACAGGGGUUCAAUAUCAAUGGGAUUCUUACGUAGAUCGCUAGGAAUGAGAUGUCUGAGUUCUGAGUCAUUUAUACCAGGAGAUAUACAGUUAAGCCUCCCCUAAAGACAACCUCUUUGAGAAGAUCACCCCUAUCCAGACUAGAUUUUUUUUAUGACAGAUUUUCAGGUCCACCGUAUAGUAUGCGUACUGGCCAUCAUCUUUCAGGAGACCACCCCCUCUAGAAAACCAAUUUUUUAAUGCUAUCUUGAGUAGUCAUCUCAAAGAGGUUUCAUUGAAGGUUUUGGAGUUAGAGCUCUAUCAGGAAUAUUAAAGGAGUUGUCACAAGACUUAAACUGAUCACCACCGAUCACAAAAACAGGGGUCUGGUGUGUCCCUGUGUGAAUGGAGUAGUGGUCGAGCAUGCUUGCUGCUGCGCCAUUCAUCUUUAUGGGAGUACCAGAGCUAACCAAGUCUUGUGUUUGGCUAUCUCCGGAAUUCCUAUAGAGAUUCAAGGGAGGGGCAGCAUGCAUGCUUGACUGCUGCUUCAUUCAUACAGGGGGGACACAGGACGCCUAUUCUCAUGGACGUCCUCUCUAAGUGAAACUGUAAAACCUCAGAAACACCAAUUUGGGAAAAGAUCAUGUUUUCUUUGAAGAUUUAUUAGUUCUUAUUGGACAGAUUUGGGGAUCAAGCUUGUAGCUCUUAGUUACAUGAUCCCUAUUGUUGCUCCCUUCUCCUGUAUCCCUUGCUGCCUAGUUUGGUUUUGAAGCCAUAAUAUGUUUUUUUCCUUUAUUUUUGGACCUGUGCUUACUUACAGUGCUAGAAUCUAAGCAACAGUUUGAGCAAAGACUCUGUUCUGUGCAUGUUUGAGCCCUGUUUGCCGUAUGCGCUAGGUUUUUUUUCUGUAUAGAAAAGCAAAAUCGAAGUUUUUCUAUACAAAGGCAUUCUGCAAAAACCGUAUACUAUGUGGUAUACUUUUUUUUUUUACAAUGAUAUUUAUUAGGUGAAAUAUGCCACUGUAUGCUUAUACAGUGGCAUAUAUCGGAGCCCUGAGUCGGGCAAUAGUCCUGAUGUAUGUGUUACAAGACUAAUUAUUGCACUCAAUAUAGCAUAAUAAUGUAUGUUUAUUACAGCGGCAUACAGUGGAAUACAUUUCUAUGUAUGUGGUUAGUCUAUCAGAUACUAAAGCUAGUUGCACACUGGCUCUAAACUGUUCCGGAGUUCAUUGCGUCCAGCACAGCUUGAAUCUGCCUAAGCACUGCCAGGCCCCAUUGACUAUAAUGAGAUCCGGCCUGUUUCAGGCAGUAGUGCCAUGAUUCGACCAGACUAAUGUCCAGCUGAAUCCCAGCACUAAUGCCGUAAACAGGCCGGGUCCCAUUAUAGUAAAUGAGCUCUGGCUGGGAAAGGUAGUAUCUGGCUAUACCGGAUACGAUGAACUCCGGCAGGGUGUUCCUCUACCGGGACAGUUUAUCACCAGUGUGAACCUAACCUGAUUAAAAGGUGAAGAUGAUGGAGGGUCCAUAGGAGAACCAUAAUUUGCCAACAUGGUUGUCAUAUAUUUAUUGGAAGAUUCAUAUGGCGAAAUUCAUCUAGGAAUGUAAGACUGUUAUAUUAAAUAGAAACUCUGUUCUGUUGGCCAUGUCCAGCACUGGAUAUGUGGUCAUAAAGAUCACUGUGUUUUGUAGCAAACCAAAUGUCUGUCCCGUAAUGGUUUUAGAGCAAACGGGGACCACUGCGUACCAUUUCUUCGAUAUAUUUUAUUGCUUUGUACACUUUACCCGGAGGAUGGUCACGUAGCCCUAUAACUAUGAAAUCCAACCUUCAGAUCUCCAUCAGCUUUGGUCGAUGACAUAGGUUUUUUGCAGUUUUAGCCUAAUCAUACCAUACAGCUCCUGUUUAUUAUGACAUAUAGGCUAUUAAUAUGGUGUAUAGGUGUAACUCCACACAAUGAAAAAAACAACAACUAUUUUUGUCGAUGUCCUAGACCAGUCUCCCACCUCAAAAAAACACUAAAAGUUGAGAUUUUAGGAGUCUCUUGCUUUCUUCAGCUCUCAGUACCAUCAAGCACAUGCACCGUUCUCAUGCUCUCCCCCUAUCCUCCGUAUAAAUAAAUUCCCCUCUGGUAGAUAUGACUGGAUCUAGCGAAGCAAGCAAUUAUUUAGACUGGGACCACCAUUACAUGAUGAGAAUGGGGCUAUCCCAACCUGUGCAACUCAUUUUUGUAUUGCACCAAUGCCUAAGAAAAUGAAGCUAAUUUAUAAGUAGUUUUAAUUUAAAAGGAUUCUACCAUUUUGCAUCUCCAUGGUUACAGACUACAACCAAACUCUGUGUAGUCUGGCCAAGUAAGUGCUAUGUUUUUGUCUGUCCUCAUCUUCAUGUGACAUAUUCCUGUUAGGCUAUGUUUACAUCUGCGUUGGAGGUUCUGUUUGUUAAAAAAGAGCGAAGAAAAAAGUCCUGAAUACAAGACCUUUUUCUUCACUAAAAAAAUAUUCUACUGAAUGGAAACCGAACGGGUCCCAUUAUAGCCCAUGGGGUCUGUUUGCUUCAGUUAUGUGCCAUAUCUGGCACUUCUGUUAUGUACGUUGUUCUGCCCCUAUAAUGGAGCAGAAUAGCGGAAAUAACCAAGCAAGAAGUAGGGAACAGAAGGAAAAAGAGCGUGACAGCCGGAUCGGUUUGUUUGGAGUUAGUUGCCAUGGAGUCAGAUUUUCAGAGGUGCUGUGCACACAAAACGGUAGAAUAUAUAAUUUUUUGUUGACAUUUUUUUCUUUUAAGAUUGGAGCAAUAAAAAAUGGUUACAAAUAUUGAUGCAGGGUGUGGUGAGACCUCAACGGAAUCUUCUGAUUACACCUGAAUUUUACAGGGUCUAUGAGACAUCUUGGAAAUGAUAUCUAACUGCUGGAAGACCUUUGUAAGGCAAGCACUUAACGUAAGCCAUUCCUUUUCUUAGUUUUUGUUGUUUUGAUGCUCUCUGUGGUUGUAGAUAGAAAAACUGCCUUUUCUAGCUGUUCACUUCCACAACCGUCGUUCCGCUCCAUCAGAUACUCAACCGGUGCUCUAUCAAUAACCGAUAACUUACCACCUACAAAUGUUUUUACAAAAGGUUGCGGCUGCACAAAAAACCCAGUAUUUCCGGUAAACCGUAGGAAGGUGUCGCGUACUGACAAUGUAACUGGAUUCCUAAGCAUCCAGCAGGUAGUGUGUAGUGUAGGAAUGACUUGUCUGCACUUUGGCACUUAUAAGGAGACACCAUUGUUUCUCAGGCGAUCCCAUCCUUUUAGUUUUUUCCUUUAUGUGUUGGCUACAGCAUAUUUUUUCAUAGAAUGUAGCUUGUAAAUAGCCUUUUAAAUACUUUUUUGUUUUCUACCAGAUCAAAUACAGUAUCUUUAGGAUUUCCAUUUUUUUUUUCUAUAGAUGAUUUCAGUUGCAUUUAUGCAGAAUUUUACCAAGUAUAAUAAACUAUUUUAUUUUAUAUUAUAUAUAUUUUUUUUCCUUUUGGGGAGCAAGAAAGGAAAUAAUAAAAAAAAAAUGCCUGGAAGUUAAUUUGUGCAGCCAUAAAAAAAAGACAUCUUAUAAUAAAAAAAUAAAAAAAAAUGUAAAAAAUCUGUAAAAAUCAAAAAGGAAAAAAAAAAAAAGAAAUCAGAUAUUUUGAAGACUGGCCUUCAAAUGAUAUACCAGCUCCUUGUUUGAAUUCUUGUAUUAGGAGAAGAUGAUGCAGUUAUUUUAAUAGCACCUUGUGAAGUGUUCUGUGUUUUGUGAUGAUGUAAUAAUUUAUUAAUGUUUGUAAUCUUUUAUACUUGUACAUUUCGUAUGACCUUCGUUUAUAUACACAUUAUCCGGAUGUUCUGUCUAUGAAAAUCCAGCUACGGGAAACAAUGGCGGCCUUAUUAACUAAAGGAGUAUCGACUUGCUACGAGCGCCCCUCCUCCCCGCUUGGGAAAGUGGUCCAGGCACGUGCAUCCAAUAGGGUCCCAGAGUUCUGCAGAAAGCUUCCUUUAAGAUUGUGUAUUGUCCUUGCUCAGCAUCUAUAUUAUAGCGUAUACCCCCUCCCCCCCUUCAUGCUGUUUUUUUUUUUUUUUUUUUUAUGGUUAUUUUUAUUUUUGCAUCAUGUACAUUUUUAAUGAAGUUUAUUGUGGCUAUUACAGUGUUUUAUUUACAAAAUUAAAUCAAAUGCUCUUGUAUUAAGUCACUGAAAUCUAAGUAAACUUAGAUCAAAGUUUAAGAGAAGUAAAAUAUUUCAGGUUUUGUACA